AUGGCUUCAUCUCGUGACAAGUGGGCACUGAUCACAGGCGUAUCAGAAGGUGGACUCGGCGAUGCAUUGGCGACAGAGCUGCUAGGGCAUGGAAUUAAUGUGAUCGCGACGGCACUAGAUCUUGGUUCGCUCGACUACCUGAAGCCUCCUGGCCAAGGACGGCUCGAGAGGUUGCAGCUCGAUGUGACAUCCUCGACUUCCAUAUCAUCCGCCGUGGCUGAGACACAGCGCAUCACAGGUGGUGGAUUGGACUUCCUCAUCAAUAACGCCGGCUACGGCUACAUGAUGCCUCUACUCGACGCAUCCAUUGCCAAGAUCAAGCAGAACUUUGACGUCAACGUCUUCGGUCUGAUCGAAGUAACGCAAGCAUUCUUUCCCCUCCUUCGCACCGCCCGGGGGAUGGUCAUCAACCAGAGCUCUAUCGCAGGCAUGACGGGCAUAUGCCAGCCUUUCAUAGGAACGUACAGUGCGUCGAAGAUGGCGGUGACGGAUUUUAGCAACACCAUGAGGGUAGAGCUGGAGCCGUUCGGUGUCAAGGUUGUGACGCUCUUCACGGGAGACGUUAGGACGAGCUUCUGGCAGCAGGGACAUGCGCAAGGCAGUGACAAGGGUCUGCCGCCGUCUUCUCCGUACAACUUGAUGAAGGAUCAUGCCGAGGCGAUGAUGCGUGGGGAGACAAAUCCCGCGGGUCAACACUCACGCGAGCGAUGGGCGAGAGAGGUGGUUGGAGAUCUUCUCAAGACGAACCCACCCGCAGCUGUACGGCGAGGCUAUCUGGCCGAGUCGAUGUGGUGGUUGAGCGCGCUUUCUCCCGUUUGGCUGCUUGAUCUCAUGUUCUGGCAGACGUGCAAGUUUUCGGCUUUCAGGACAAGACUGCAAGGUGACGACUCCAAGAAAGAGCGUUGA